GGAUUCACCGCCACCAGAGCCUUAACGGCGGGCAUGGGCUCUGCGUCAAGGCUGGCCGAGCAUCUGAGCGGCCUCGGCGUCCAGCGGCCGCUCAUUGUGACUGACCGUGGCGUGCUCGCGGCUGGCAUCCUCGACGGUGCGGCUGAGUCGUUGCGGCGGUCGCAGGUCGCCUUCGAGGUGUAUGACGAGACGGUCGCCGACCCACCCGCCGAUCAGGUCCAUGCCGCCGCCGGCCAGGCGCGCGCGAUGAGAGCUGACGGUGUGGUAGGGUUCGGCGGCGGCUCAUCGAUGGACAUCGCCAAGUUGGUCGCACUGCUCGCCAGCCCGGGCUGCACCCAACCUCUGGACGACAUGUUUGGCGUCGGCAACGUGCGGGCGGCGCGGCUUCCGCUCGUCCAGGUCCCAACCACGGCCGGCACCGGCUCAGAGGUGACCCCGAUCGCAAUCAUCACGACAGCGCCUGGCACGAAGCAAGGGGUGGUGUCGCCCCAGCUGCUGCCUGACCUGGCGGUCCUCGAUGGCGAGCUCACGGCGAGCUUGCCGCCGCACGUGGCCGCAGCGACCGGCAUCGACGCGAUGGUGCACGCAAUCGAGGCGUACACGUCCCACCGCCUCAAGAAUCCGCUCUCCGACCUGCUCGCGCGGGAGGCGCUCUCGCUGCUUGGUGCGAACAUCGCUGCUGUCUGCGCGGCGGGCGAAGGGCAGCCGGCAGGCGCGGAGGCGCGUGGAGCGAUGCUACUCGGAUCAUGCUACGCGGGACUGGCCUUCGCGAAUGCGCCCGUCGCUGCGGUCCACGCUUUGGCCUACCCGCUCGGAUCGACUUUCCACGUCCCGCACGGACUCUCAAACUCGCUGAUGCUCCCGCACGUCCUCGACUUCAACGCGCGCUCCGAGCAGGCGACCAGCUUGUACGCAGAGCUCGCGCCCAUUGUCUGCUCGCGCCAGCUCGGUGAGUGCGCCGCCUCGGCGGCUGUGGCGGCAGGCGCGUUUGUGGACCACUUCGCGUGUUUACCUGCGGAGCUGGGGCUCCCCACCACUCUCCGCGAGGUUGGUGUUGCCGAGGCGGACAUCGGCAGCCUCGCGGCGAACGCGAUGUUGCAAACGCGACUGCUGCCGAAUAACCCGCGCGAGGUGCAUCUCGACGACGCGGAGAGGAUCUACCGCGCCGCGCUCUGAGGUGCGGGGCGGACAGUCAUUUGAGUGUGUAAAAACGGGUUUCAGCGGGUCGU